GAAAAGGACAAUGAUUCUCUAUAAGUUGUACUGUAUGCAGUGCCUGCCAAGCAAUUCAAUUCCCACAUAAUACUACACUUGAAAAGCAAAACAAAAAACACAUGGCCACUUCCAGCUUUUACCUUCCCCUCAUCAUUGCUACAUGGUUUCUUCUUCUGCCAUUCUCGCCGGAAGUUGUUCACGGCACCGACAACAAAAAGUGCUACAUUGUAUACUUGGGAGCACAUUCUCAUGGUCCCAGUCCUACAUCUGUUGACCUUGAUGCCGCUACAAAUUCUCACUUCGAUUUAUUAGCUUCAGUCUUGGGAAGCCAUGAGAAAGCAAAAGAGGCCAUUAUAUACUCGUAUAAUAAACACAUAAAUGGCUUUGCUGCCCUGCUUGAAGAGGAAGAAGCAGCACAUAUUGCAAAAAAACCAAAUGUGGUGUCUGUAUUCUUGACAAAAAAGCACAACUUGCACACAACUCGAUCGUGGGAAUUUCUUGGACUAAACAGAAAUGAUGACAACUUGGCAUGGAGGAAGGGAAGAUUUGGUGAAAAUACAAUCAUUGCUAACAUUGACACAGGAGUUUGGCCAGAAUUGUGGAGUUUCAGUGACAGGGGAUAUGGCCCCGUCCCAUCAAAAUGGCGCGGGGGUAACGUUUGCCAAAUACCCGAUAACAAGGGAAACCCUUGUAACAGGAAGUUAAUAGGAGCAAGAUUUUACAACACUGCCUUCGAGGUCUACAACGGCAAGUUAAACCCAUUGCUACACACAGCGCGCGACUAUGUGGGUCAUGGGACCCACACUCUAUCAACGGCUGCCGGCAAUUUCGUGCCAGGUGCCAACGUAUUUGGAGUUGGCAAUGGAACCGCCAAAGGUGGCUCCCCAAGAGCCAGAGUUGCAUCCUACAAGGUUUGUUGGUCGCUAACUGACUCAGCCAGUUGCUAUGGCGCCGAUGUGCUCGCCGCGAUAGACCAGGCCAUAAGCGACGGUGUUGACAUCAUCUCACUCUCCGCUGGUGGCCAGUACUUAGUCCACCCCGAAGAUAUCUUCACUGAUGAAGUCUCCAUUGGUGCCUUCCAUGCAGUUUCUAGAAAUGUUCUGUUCGUUGCGUCUGCAGGGAAUGAUGGACCCACACCAGGAAGCGUUUUUAACGUGGCUCCUUGGGUAUUCACAAUUGCUGCUAGCACCAUUGAUAGGGACUUUACUAGUACCAUCACUCUUGCUAACGGUCAACAAAUCAAGGGUGCGAGUCUUUUCGUAAACUUGCCACAAAACCAGGCUUUUCCUCUGAUUGAUUCUACUGCUGGUAAAUUUGCUAAUACGUCAAACCGAGAUGCUCAAUUUUGUAGGCCAGGAACACUUGACCCAGCGAAAAUAACGGGGAAGAUAGUGUCAUGCUUCAGAGAAGGUAAAAUAAAAUCGGUUGCAGAGGGCCAAGAAGCGAAGAAUGCAGGUGCAAAAGGAAUGUUCUUGCGCAAUCAACAGCAAAAUGGGAAUACUCUUCUUGCCGAGCCUCAUGUUUUGUCAACAGUUGGCGAUCAUGCUGCACAUCCAAACGGCACUCCCUCUUCUGCACCAACUACAAAUCCUACUUACUUUACAACUGCCACGGCUCCUGCAUCGAGCUCGUCUGAUGAGACACUGACGUUCUCAUCAGCGACGACAGUUUAUGGAAUAAAGCCAGCUCCAGUUAUGGCUUCCUUCUCCUCCAGGGGACCCAAUAAGAUUCAACCAUCAAUACUCAAGCCGGAUGUGACUGCGCCUGGAGUGAACAUACUUGCAUCAUAUUCAUUAUUCGCAAGUGCAUCAGACCUUCUAUCUGAUAAUCGUCGUGGGUUUAAGUUUAAUGUGCUUCAAGGAACUUCAAUGUCUUGUCCUCAUGCCGCUGGUAUAGCUGGACUUCUCCGAACCCUUCAUCCUACUUGGAGUCCAGCAGCUAUCAAAUCUGCCAUCAUGACUACUGCAACUACACAGGACAACACAAACAAGCCAAUUCAAGAUGCAUUUAAGAACAAGCUAGCGACUCCCUUUGAUUAUGGAUCAGGGCAUGUUCAACCCAAUCUUGCAAUAGAGCCGGGACUUGUUUAUGAUCUGCACCUUAACGAUUAUUUGAACUUCUUAUGUGCUUCUGGAUACAAUCAACAAGCCAUUUCAGCUCUUAAUUUCAACAGGACUUUCACUUGCAAAGGAACUCACAGCAUUAAUGACUUAAACUACCCUUCAAUCACGUUGCCAAAUCUUAAGUUGAGUCCGAUAACAGUUACUCGUACACUCACCAAUGUUGGUCCCCCAGGCACAUAUCAUGCAACUGCCAAAUUAGAUGGAUGCAAAAUUACUAUUGUGCCCAACUCAUUAACUUUCACAAAGAUAUAUGAGAAGAAAACAUUUCGAAUUACUAUACAAGCUUCAAGUGUGAUAAAGCUUUAUAAGUAUCAAUUUGGAGAAUUGUUGUGGACAGAUGGAAAACACAGAGUUAGGAGUCCCAUUACAGUCCAACGCCGAAGGUGAUGACAAGUCUUCUCAAUUUGGGUCUUAGAAUAUGUGAAAUAAUGUCUUCUUUUUGUAAUAAUUAUUGGUACAUGCGAGCUUGAUAUCUGAUUAUCUGUAUGUCAUGUAUUUAUUUUUCCGCUUAAAGAAUUGUGUGUUGGUCUAUGCAGUGAAAAUUGUUGUACGUACUAUUGUCUAAUUAUUAAUCUAAAAGCUUAGAUUAAGUUUCA